UAUGCGAGAUAGAGAGAGAGAGAGGUAUGCUAGUUUAGGCCUCUAUAAAGAUUUUGCAGCCAUACUCGUGUGCUGUGUGUGUGUGAGAGAUAGAGAUCUGUUAGUUUAGAUCUAUAUAAGCACUUUGCUACAAUAUUAGUAUUGGAUACACAUACAUAAAUUAAAUAGUUGUAUAAAUCAAAAAGAAAUUAGAGAUAAAGCUAGGAUUUUGAGUGAUCUAUUGGGAACUCCAUCCUAUAUAACUGGCUAUUUUUCAGCAUUUUCAGCCAUUGACUGUGAAGAAGCUGAACCAGAGUUUUCAAGAUCGUCAACUAGGCUCCCUUCCCUCGCUGCCAUUGAUGCAUGAUGGCAAAUAAAAUAAACUCUGGGGACAGUAGGACUAGAAGUUCUGUAUCCAUUUUUAUAGUCGCCGGUCUGUGCUGUUUCUUCUAUCUAUUGGGAGCAUGGCAGAGAAGUGGGUUUGGGAAGGGAGACAGCAUAGCUUUGGAGAUGACCAGGAACGGUGCAGAAUGUAAUAUCCUUCCCAAUCUAAAUUUUGAGACCCAUCAUAGUGGUGAAGCUGUUGAUGAAUCUGAAUCGAAAAAAGUGUUUAAGCCAUGCCACCAUCGGUAUACUGAUUACACGCCUUGUCAAGAUCAAAGGCGUGCAAUGACUUUCCCAAGGGAAAAUAUGAUCUACCGAGAAAGGCAUUGCGUUCCUCAGGAAGAGAAGUUGCAUUGCCUUAUUCCGGCACCCAAAGGAUAUGUAACCCCAUUUCCAUGGCCAAAGAGCCGUGAUUAUGUUCCCUUUGCCAAUGCACCAUAUAAGAGUUUGACAGUUGAGAAGGCAAUUCAGAACUGGAUUCAAUAUGAGGGCAAUGUAUUUAGGUUCCCUGGUGGAGGAACACAGUUUCCUCAAGGGGCCGAUGCAUAUAUCGAUCAGCUUGCUUCCGUGAUACCAAUUAAAAAUGGGACCGUAAGAACUGCUCUUGACACUGGUUGUGGGGUUGCUAGUUGGGGUGCCUACCUUUGGAAGAGAAAUGUUAUAGCUAUGUCAUUUGCACCAAGGGACUCACACGAAGCACAGGUUCAAUUUGCUCUUGAGAGGGGUGUGCCAGCUGUUAUUGGUGUUCUUGGAACAAUAAAAAUGCCAUAUCCGUCCAAAGCGUUUGACAUGGCUCACUGUUCCCGUUGCUUGAUUCCAUGGGGAGCAAAUGAUGGAAUAUACAUGAAGGAAGUUGAUCGAGUUCUCCGUCCUGGUGGUUACUGGGUGCUUUCUGGUCCUCCAAUCCAUUGGAAGAACAACUACAAAGCAUGGCAGCGUCCCAAGGAGGAACUUCAAGAAGAACAAAGGAAGAUUGAAGAAAUUGCUAAACUUCUUUGCUGGAAGAAGAUUUCUGAGAAGGGUGAAAUUGCCAUAUGGCAGAAGAGUAAACAUGCUGAUUCAUGUCGUGGCGUACGAGAUGAUUCUCAAGCAACAUUCUGCAAAGUUGCAGAUGCAGAUGAUGUCUGGUACAAGAAAAUGGAGUUGUGCAUAACUCCAUAUUCCACGGGGAACAAUGAUGAAGUUUCUGGUGGCGAUCUGAAGGCCUUUCCGGAGAGGCUUUAUGCUGUUCCUCCCAGAAUUGCUAGUGGAUCUGUUUCAGGAGUCUCUACUGAAACAUACCUGGAGGACAACAGAAAAUGGAAAAAACAUGUCAGUGCGUAUAAGAAAAUCAAUAAAAUUAUCGACUCAGGAAGGUAUCGCAACAUUAUGGAUAUGAAUGCUGGGUUAGGGGGUUUUGCUGCAGCCAUCCAGUCUCCUAAAUUGUGGGUCAUGAAUGUUAUGCCCACUAUUGCUGACAAAAAUACUCUGGGUGUUGUAUACGAGCGAGGACUGAUUGGCAUCUAUCAUGACUGGUGUGAAGCCUUCUCCACAUACCCAAGGACAUAUGACCUUAUCCAUGCCUAUGGUGUUUUCAGUUUGUACAAGGACAUGUGUGAUUUUGAAGACAUUCUCUUGGAGAUGGAUCGAAUUCUGCGGCCGGAAGGUGCAGUUAUAUUCCGUGAUGAAGUCGACGUGCUUAUUAAGGUGAAGAAGAUAGUAGGAGGGAUGAGAUGGGAUACUAAAUUGGUGGAUCACGAGGACGGUCCCCUUGUGCCUGAGAAAAUACUGGUUGCUGUCAAACAAUAUUGGGUUGUGGAUGAAAACAAUUCCACAUCCUCACAGUGAAUUCCCCAAACAGAAAGGGCCAGGCUUGCGAAUCAAUCUUGGCGUGACUCGAAGCAGGCUAUGCUUCUGCUGUCAACCAAAUCCAUGCAUGUUCAAUUCACUUAAACCACGGGCAUUUUUGCUGGAUGAGAACUUAACUUGGGGAGGGGAAUCAGGUAUAUGUCUAACUAGCAGUUGAUCAGCCCAUGUUUUUUCAGUUAUUAUAAAUGAUGAAGCUUGUAAGAUUUAUGCUACUUAUUGGUUCAUUCUUAUUUUGUUAGUCUUGUUGACCUGUCAACUGUAU